AACCGGUUGCAGUUAAAAUGGAGCACCUACCGGCGAACCAGACCGAAGCAAAACGAUCGCCGCCGCCGCCGCCGCCGCCGCAAGUCCCUCACCAGAGCGACGUCGACGAGGAUGACGAAAACGUUAAUCAGCUGGAUGAAUGCUCUUCUCUCUAUCGCUUGAUGCAGGAUUGCGUUGCUCGAUCAAACAGGAAUUGGAAAGUGUGCCAGCCAGAAGUACAUGCUUUGAGGGAAUGCUUUGAAAAGAGAAAGAACAUGCAAGGAAAGUAGGAAUUUGCUGAGAUGGAUUUUUUUUUCUUCUUCUAGUUGGCUGAGAUUAUACAUUUUGUGCUUGUGAUUCCUAGCUAUACUUCGUGGUGCCACAAUGAUGUAUAGACAACCCCCAGCCACCACCACCAAAAAGCAUUUUUCAAUUUUAUGUGACUGAGAUUGAACUUAGGGAAAUGGGACAUUUAUAUCAUAGAUUGAUAGAUAUACAAAAUAAGCAGUGUUCUCCUAGGUUAGAGCAAUGACCUCCCUAACAUGCUUUUACUACUUCUAAAAUCAUUUGGAUUGUGUCUUGUCGUUUGGUGAUAGUGUGCUAUUUGAAUGAUAACUCGGAAAGUGCUCUGCAAUUUGACACCAUGAUUUUGAUCUAGUUACAUAUGUUUAUUUUGCA